AGAUAUUUCUGGCUCAAAAAUCCAGCUGCUAAGGUAAGAGUUCAGGUUUUGUCAAAUAUGGGUGCCUUAUUAGGUUUCGAUCGGAGGAAGAUGGCGGCGCUCUCGCGUGAAUCCAAAAGCUUGAUCACAUGAGGUUUGAUUUUGACUCUGUUGUUCUUCCAUUCCUAUCGCGAUACUAUUAGAGGCCAAUUGUGUUAGCAUGUCUUCCGAUUAAGCUCUUCUUUUGGGUCUUUUGUUUCCUAAGUCUUCAUUUUGUACUGACCAUCUAACCUAAGUCACGAAAGGCCAUCGAUUUCGACAUCGAUAUGAUGUCGUUGAAUCUUCUUUACGCUUACUUUUUCUUAUCCUUUCCAUGUUUUUAGCGAUCAUAAGCUGUCACUUUCAAAACUUGUCGUUGUGCGUUGUUUCGACCUGAUAGACCACUGAGGAAGUGACUUUUGUUGGGCUAAAAGGUGCUCUUUAAGUCGCGUUUGUUUUGCAUUGGAUUGUGAUCGAUGUGAUUAUUUAUACAAUCAACUUGCAAUUGACACGCCUUCCCUGCUGAGUAUUGCGAGUUCCAUCUAUUUUUAAAUUUAUCCUUUUUUCGAGAGAUUUGUUUGCCUAUGACAGGAAUAAGUAAAUUAAGGUUAAAUUGUUUGUUUUGUGUUGAUGACAAGUGAACUUUUGUCCCAUUGAUUUAGCAAAUUUGGCUUUAAAGUAAGCUUAAGUGAGUGCCGAAAAAUGUCGAUUAAACCAUACCACUAUGAUGGUAAGAAGUGUUAAAAAUGCGUUCACUGUGCUUUUACCCGGAUGAUCUUCCAGUUAAUUUCUAAACUUGAACAUGUGAAAUCACAACUAAAACUCACUGAAACUGCAACAAUAAUUAUUUAUAUAUAGCUUAUACAUUUUUUUUCUGUGGUUGCCUUAAUAUUUUGAUGUACUUUGGCAAAUUAGAUAACAGACAUACCUCCUAACAGACAUAUGUAUUAUAUGCUGGCUUUUGCGGUACGUUUUUCCAUAUAAGCUUAUGCAGGAAGCUACACCUCAACAUAUUUAGCUGAGUGAGGCCUUGUCAUGUAUACUGUUUUCACUCCCUUGUCAUAAGGAAGUAAUCCAGAAUUAAAGCAACAAUAGUUUCAUAGCCCAUUUUGCCAUGUGGUAAAUGGCUUUUGCCCCCACAGAUGCAAUUUUCUUGUGUAUAAUGCAUCUUCCCAGUGUGAAAUGUCUACUGGAAAUUUCUAUCGAUACAUUGUUAUAGUAGUAAACAGACAUUACCAUAUUUCCUUGAAAAAUAGCCAGGGGCGAUUAUUUCUUUUUUCGCACUAAAAGGGAGCGAUUAUUUCAGGGAGGUGAUUGUUACGAAUAUUGCUCACUAGAAGUCGUGCCCUAAAUAUUAUGUUCUAUUUUCCCAUUAAAUCAAAAAAAUAAUCACAUCAAAUAAACUGAACAUUGGCAUUGAAAGUGUUCCAAAUUUGGUUCCUUGAUUACUCUUUAAUGUCAAUGUCUUCGGUGUCAGAGCUUGAAUUGUCACUGAUCAGUUUUGCUGGAUCACACUCCAUUUUAGUUUACCACUUUGGAUAUCCCUAGCGGGUAACCUAGUAUGGGUGGGAGGUGGAGGCAAUUAUUCCAUGGAGGUGAUUAAUGGAGGGAUGGCUAUUAUUGCAGGAAAUAGGGUACGUCUAUUAGAUGAAAGAGUAUCUUUAGUGGCAUAAAUAUUGGGUAACAUUUGCUUUUAUGCAUCAGUCAUUUCUAGCUCAGGGGCUCAAAGUUUAAAUUUGAGUUUGGGAGCACUUGUGCUACCAGAUGUAAAUUUUUAGGCACACUGCCAAAAUGUUAGGUGCACAGCUGAAAAUUUUAGGAGCACAGCUUAUAAUGUUGGGAGCAUCUAUUUCAAAAGAAAAAGUAGAAAGCUUAAUAGUGCCACGUUUAUUUGUCAUCUUCAGUUUGUUACUUUUACUUCAGUACUGUGAUUGAUAAAACACAGCCGAUUUGCUAUGCAGUAAUACCGUUGUGAUUUUUAAUACUAAUUUCUCUUUUUGACAGUACAGUUAUGACUAAUGAAAACUUACACUUGAAAAACAAUUCAAAACUGACAACAAUGAGUGUGUCGAACAAGAAUGAAAAUAUUAAUCUUUGAUGAAUUUGUUAAAUGCGCAAUGGCUCGCAUGUAACUGGAAUACGACUUAGAAAACUUUCUUACCUGGAAAAAAGGCUCUUAAUCUGCACUGUUUUUGUUUUGAUUGACGUUAAAACUGAACGUUGGACAUGAUCGUCCAUUGUGCACAAAGUAAGUGUUUCGUUCGUAGCAUAUAUUUUCAUGUGUCAGUGGUGUUUAGUACAAAACAGAAGAGUCUGGGAUGGAGUAAAACAUCGAAACAAAAAAGAACAUUCGAUUUCGUAGAGUCCAUUAGGAGAAAAGACCAGUUAAACAUACACCGUCUCUCUAGUUUGAGUUUGUAAGUAUAGUCGGAAGUAAGUCAGUCGCAUUGUGCUUUGGGUUUUACGGCGCACAUGAAUUUUU